CACAGCACCCCCUACUGGAGGAUAUGCUACACACUCCACCACAUAGGGGAGAGUGGGGUCAGUUGAGCCAGAGGGUAAGUUGAGCCACCCCCUGUUGCUUGGAAAUGGUCAAAGAAAUUGAUCAUGUGACCAAAUGUCUAGGAGAUAGGCAUCAAUUCAUGGAGUCUGUGUAGGUUAGAAGCACAUGGGUGAAGGCGUUUGACAUUAAUUUCCAAAAACAAACAUUUUUCACUCUUGAAAAACUCACUCUCGUCUGUCAUAAGUUUUAUUAGAAUUGUAUUCAGACCAAAAAAGAUCAUUUAAAAUUUGUUUUAUACAUCAAUUGAGGUAUCUAUGAGCUACAACAUGAGGUCAGAAACUUAGCAUAAAAGUCCACCAUUUUAGUUUAGAGGUCUAUCAAAGUCAUAAUAGUAGUUCUGGGGUAAGUUGAGCCAGUGGAUCAACUGAGAAAGUAAAGGAGUUAAAGGAGUUUAGCAGUGAUAUGCAAUGAUAAUAAAAAGAGUUAUUGUACUAGUUGAAUAGUGUAUAAUAACAAUACACAUGAAUGUGAAGAAGUGACUGUUAUUUAGGGAGAGAGAAGGUGAGGGUUUGGUCAGAGAGUGGAGGGGUAUUAGGGAUACGACUCAACUUGCCCCGCUCCUAUGGCCAACUCACCCCAUACAUGGGGUAAGUUGACCAUAGGAGACCACUUUUUUUUUGGCAUGCCAUUUUAUCAAGACAGUUCUGUUUACACUAAUUCUGUUGGUUUGCAGGGAUGCACAACAUCUUGAAAUAUAUGCAGAUACACUAACUAGAGACAAAACUAUGAUUGCCUUGGUGUAGUGAUCUGAAAUAUAAAAAAUGGCUCAUCUUACCCCACUCUCCCCUACUUCACAUGACAGGUGAGUCAUUUAGGCAGUGUUUAUUUACCGUAAUUAUUGAUUAAUUACACUUACCAAGUAACAUACUUGAUAAUUUUGACAUCAAAAGUAAACUAGAAAAUUGCAGUCCUUACUAAUCAUGUCCUGAAGGAGUAGAAUUGUAAAAAGUUUGAAUGGUUGAAAAAGCACAAAGUUCGAAGGAGGAGAAGAGUGUCAAAAAUUGGUGAUGAAUAAAAAGUUUAAUAAAAAACAGGAUAAUAUAGAUAACAGUCAGACAGUUCAAUCCUCUGAACAGUGAUUGUUCAUGUUGCCUACAAAUACCAAAACUUUUCUACUAGAAUUGAAUAGUUCUUUGUGUUCAUAUUUUACAUCAAGCUUUCUUCUUCAGUGUUGUGGGUUUUUUUGUUUGUUUGUUUGUUUGUUUUUUGGCCCCCCAGGGCCAUCGUAGCUCCCCUCCCAAAAAUGUUUCUUCAGGCUAAAAUUCUUUAGAUAAAUUCUCAAGAGACAGCAGCACAUCUUUAUAUAUGAGAGACUAGCACCAUUAAAUAAUUUGAUGUUUAAAAUUACAGUCGAGUUACUUUUCAUUCUUCAUUAUCAGUUUCCAAACAGUUUACAUUGGCCUCUACAGCUUAUAAUUAAUCUUAUAAUAAUGUUUAUUCCAGCAACUUGAACCACAAAUAUACUGUAUUUCUGAUGGUGUACACUGAGUGCAGGUCAUCACUGCAAGAUAUUGAUUUAUUUAGUUUUAGUUUUUAGUUUUCAUAACAGAUUUACACCAAAAUUAACCAUUUCCUUUGACUCCCUCAGCCUUACACCCACCAUAUUUUAACAGCAACCUGCUAACCAAAACACAAAAUACUGAUGCUCAACUUCUUCUUACAUUUAAGCUUUUAGACUCUGUCUAUUUUAAUAUCCAAGUUAUCUUAGAUAAUAAUUAGUGGAUUAUAAAUAAGAAUAUCUUCUUCCUUUAUAUGUUUCCUUCACUGAAGUAUUCGGAAACCUUCCUCGCUCCUCCAAGAGCAACAAUCCCUCCAGCUCAGAUCGCCCCAUAAAACAAUUUAGACAUUCACUGUUUUCUGGGACACAGCCAGAGUUCAGGUGGAGAGAAAAAAAUCCAGCAAACAGAGGACUGCAUACUUUCUGGGUGAAUCUUGUGUAGAAGCAGCAUGAGAGAAUGUGGCCUUGUUGAGGGGCCUUCUUCAGCUGAGGCUGAGAGAGAAAGAAAUCUGUGCUCCAGCUCUUGGCAAACACUUUUUGUGUUGUCUGUCAUUCAUGUUUCCCAGUGCAUGUCUCAUUAACAAGACAGAAGGUGCAUAUCCAGCCUGUAGCGUACUAUCUCACAUAAAAUUCAUCAACUAUUUGGGUGACAAAUAAAGCUGAGAGAGUCAUAAUUAAAUAACUAAUAAGACUCUAAAAACAGUCCAGAUAGUCAGUGUGUACUACGAAGAGUAAAGUGCAUGAAUCCAGAUCAUAUAUCCUAAAAAUAAUUGAUGUCCCAUUUAGGUUUCUUCCUGUAGCCAGAGACCAGAAAGGCCCACUCAGGUGUGCACCAGAAGAAAAAUGCAGUCAAUGUUCAAAGGAGCAUCAAAUACUAAGAAGAGUCCCAGCACUCUCCUGUUUCUGGAUUCAUCCUGUUAUCAGAUCUGCGUGGUCACUCCCUCCUUUCCGUCUGACAUCAGUCAAUAUUCCUCCAGGCUCUCUCCCCACCUCCACAUAUUUCUCCUUCUCUUCUCCCUCUUCUGCCUCACUUUCUCUCAGCUCUUCACACACUGAGUGCCUGAAGAUGACCUGGACGUCUGCAGCCUUCCUGGCUGUCCUUGCUGUGCUUCUCGCACUUUCCUGUGAGUGUAAUGCAGGAGGGUUUGCUAACUUUGAAUGGUACAGAGUGGCAGCAGCUGUGUGAGUACUUUGUUAUUCUAAUGGAGAGGUAGACGUUCUAACAAAUUCUGUAUUUUUGGACUCUUCCUCAGUGUCCCCUGAGGCCGACUCUGCAGCUGUGCCCGACAACUCAGGCAGCACCAAAGACCCACAAGGUGAGGAGCUGCAUCAGCUGCACCUCUUCCUCAUCUUGUCUCUCUAUCUCUUUACAUUGUAAGCUCAGCCUGUCUCUGCGGCCUCCACCACAGGUCCGAUGAAGAGGAUCUUCAUGAAAGAAGCCGACGCCUCCAACUUUUUCAGAAAACGCACCAGACGAGGAGCCAAGUCUCAGGAUGAGAUAAACGGUGAGUUCACUUCAGGUUUGUGUGAGGCAACUUGGACUGAGGUCAUGUGAGCAAUCCUGUUUUGUUUACUGGCAUCUGGGUCUCAUCUUUUGCAUCGUGGAAUACACUAUGUCAUAUCUAAAACAGAAAUACCAUUGUUAAUGUUAAUUACAAAAGUACUUUUGUGGAAAAGAAAUCAUACUUUGAAAUCAACUCCAAAAACGCUCUUGGUCUCACAUUGAAUAUGAUAAAGUUAUAUGUAAGAAUAAACCAUCAAUUACACCAUUACAGCUCCACUUUGUACUGUAAAUAAGAUUCUUCAGAAGCAUUCAAAAACAUGAACACAUCAAAUACUGGGAUUAAGUGAUGUUAACAUUCAGCACAUUGGAGACGCUUUCAGAGAUAAUCAAGGUCUGCCACAGCAUUGCAAUAAUUAACAUCUGAGUUACAUAACAAACAGUAUAAAAUAAAGCAGAAUCUACACUGUCUGACUACACACACUGCCAGUACUGAGGGAGUUAGAAUUUACUGCCUUUAGUUCACUGUUUCAUUUACACACAACAGAUAAAAAUAACACAAAAAAUCUCAAUAAUCUCACUGUAAAACUCCUGGAGAAAGGAAAUAACAGUCUGACAAGUUUGAUACAGGGUUAGCUUAUGUUACUAUUGAAUCAAUCAAUCAGUCUUUAUUUAUACAGCACUUUUAAUACGUAACAUUUAGCACAAAGUGCUUCACACGGAAAAAGGAAUAAAAGAAACAAAGAAUACCCAAAUUUACCCCAACCCAAGAUUAAAAGAAUACCCAAAUCAACCCCAGCCCAACCCCUCAUUCCCACCCCACGAUCUAAUUGCAAUGGAAACAGUGUUAAAAUGCAUUAACUUAAAAAGGGCUUGAUUUUGUGGAAACAGGAAUGUACGCACUGAGGAAACAUCAUUUUUAAAAUUCAAGAUAAGGAAAGACUGGAGGUUUAUGUUAAAAUCUAAAAACAAAGAAACAUAGAAUGAAAUUUAAAAAAUCAUAAAUAAAAUGAAAUGAAAACAACAGUAAAAGAUACUAAAAUAAGAGCACCAAAAUUGCUCAAUAAAACACAAUCCUGUGAUUAAAACUAGAGUAGAUAAAUGCUAAAACACGUAAACAAAGUUAAUGAUCUAAAAUUUAGUUAAAAGCAAAACUAAAAAGACUACUAUUUAACUGUAUGUAUUCUUUCUUAAUAUAUUUUAGCAUUAAUUGUGCUGCAUUAAAAUGUGUUAAUACUGUUUUUGGUACAGAUAGUUCAAUUUCUGCUUGACUUGGCUAGUUUUAAGGAUGUUCAGGUUACAAUUACAAUUAAAAUUACAUUAGAAUGAUUAAUUUACUCAUUUUGUUUUAAAAGGACAUAAGUCUAAAUGUUAUUGACAGCCUGACAGUUUUACGACGGAGGCAGGUAUCAACUGUCCUCUUGUCAGACCUGCUCACACAGCAGUUGUGUUUCCUCUGUAGGAGGCUGCAGCAGGAGUCACAGGGCAGCAUGGGGCUGACACACACUCACUCACUCAGUCACAUGCACACAAACCUUAGAGUUUCUCAGUGCAUGUCCUCCUCGAAAGCAUUGUGAAAAUUCCCAUACUGCACCAUGUUUGACAUUCUCAGGUGAUUUAACGGCUCUGUUGCGCGCAGUUCUGCCAGCAGGAAGGUGAGAGCACACAGUGAGACGACUGCUCCGAAUCUGGGUUGUAUAACAGGCUGCAGUUUUGUUUUUAUCAACAACUAGACACUUGGUGCAGCUAAAGCAAGGAUAAAAUGAACACAAAGCAGUAAACAGAGAGAAAAGACUGAGGUGGAGUGAGUGGGUGAGCGGCUGGGAGAUGAAUGAGGAAUGUGCCGACACACAGCAGAGAGGGGUCAGAGAAAAGCCAAGUAAAAAAACGUCAGACAAAUCAACUGUGCUAACUUUGGAGAGCCUCUGCUGUAUGAUGACAUAAAAGUACAUCUUCAUCUCAGGUCGAUGGAAUUUACAAGGUUAGAUAACUGAGAUUCGUUGUUUCAGUGGUUGGACGAGCUGCUACAUUAAUUCCAGACAUCAGACUCUAAAUGGACUCUUUUGUUUGACUUUGUUGUUAGUAGGAGUUUGUGAGCCGUAAGAAGCAGGCAUGCUGUGCUGAUGGAAGAUUCCUCCUCCCACUGUCCUUUUUAUUCUUUUCAAAGGAUACAAACAAAAAUAGUGGGUAGUAGUCCUUAAAAUCCUCUCCCUAAAGUAUAAGUAAUGAAUACUGAUCAGCAGUUCAUACUUGUAUUUCCAAACUGAGCUCCUCGCCGCAUGUUCUGACAUGUGCGGGCAAUCCCUGUUAAAGGUCAGAGGUCAAGACCUCACUUUGGAAAGGUUGGCACCUCAGCUAAUAUCUCUUUCUAAUCUUACUGCAGUCAGUUAGUGUGACUGUCACUGAGAGGAGUUCAGUUCAGAGCUGUCCAAGAGCUGCAGGCCAGAGGUCACACGCAGGCUCGGGCAAAUCCUCUGCCUCAUUUCUCUUUAUCUACACUACUCUGAAAUAUUAAAGGCAUAAAUAUAACUUCAAUAAUGUUUUUCAUUAUUUAAAUUAUAUGGAAAAAAUAACCUUUAAAAUUUGUUUAUUUUCAGACACAAGCUACUCAGGAAACAUAAUCUUGCUCAUAUUUGGAUAAACUAAUUCACUGUGAGGAGUUCGUAGCCGGUUUUGAGACAGUCUGAGUUUAAUUAUAAUGUCUCUUUAUGACCUACAAAAACAUAGCAUCCAAAAAAAUGGCUUCGUCCAGUUAUUUCAACAUGGCUAGAACCUAAAGAAGUCAUUUAGAAGAUACAAACAACAAGAGCUUAUAUUUUCUCCUUAAAAGUGCAUUAUUCCAAUAUUUAUCUUUAAGAUGACUCACACACGUAUAGGGCUUGAUCAUCAUGGAGAUAAGAUAUAUGAUCCGUCCACAGGGACCAAAAAAAUGAAUUAUUCAAAGCUGCUUAAGUUAAUGAAAGAAAUAUGAAUUCCUCUCCUUAUAGGGAAUGCUUCACACAGUCAGUCCUGUAGGCAUGAACUUUAACGGACUAACUAAUCCUCUAAUCACACAAACAUGGAAACUCUGAUUACUUUUAUGUUGCCGAGAAAAUGACUUUUCUGAGUUGUAUAAAAUAUCUUGGUACCAACUUAAACCCAUGUACUUUCAAGAGACAAUAAUGUGAUAGUACUAUAUGAUGUGAUAUAAUAGAGCACAGUCCAAUACAACACAAUGGGAUGUGAUGCAAUAUAAUACAACACUAAAAGACAUGAUGGAAUAGAAUAUGAUGAGCCACAAUAUGAUACGCCAUAAUUCAAUACAACACAAUAUAAUCAAAUAUGACACAGUACAGGAAGAUUGCAUACAACAUGAUGCAAUACAAUAUAAGAGUUGAUACGAUUCAGCAGGGAACAGGGUUCAUUACCCCUGAGGGAAAUUUGUCUUGUACUUCAGUGCUGCACACAUUUUGCUGCCAUCCACAUGAAGAGACCAUGAAAACAAACAAACAACACGCAGAGGAGCAAAUACCAGACAAGCACAGAUGACAUUUAUUACAUGUUACCCAUACUGCCGAUGUCUUGUAACCAUGGCACAUAUAAGACUUUAAAAUGACUCGAGUGACCCUGUACUGCCUUCUAGAUUGUGAACUAUUAUACUCAAAGUGGAGGAUGCAAAACGGGUCCAUCUUAUACAUUUUUAAACUUUAAAGAAUGGUAAUAAUGUUGUUGUGUUUGUUUAUUUAUUUAUUUUGUAGCUCAUCAGCAAAGAGUCUUGGGGGGAAAGCUCUGCAGUAAGGGUGGAUAGUAGUUCAAUUAAUAGGACUAUGUUUAAAAAAAGCAUAAUAUCACAAACAAUGCAACCGUGCACACACAUUCUUGAAAGAGUUGUGUGUAAAACUGCGGGCGUCUCCUUUGAUUUUCUUCUUACUGAGGUAUAUCUCUCUGGAUCGAAUAAAAGCAGCAGGACGUGACUCACUAGACUUCUAUGCAUCCCUCGAGUGUCCAUGGUUUGAUUUUUCCUUUAUGGAUGUGAGCUGCUUCCUCAAAUACCGCGGUCUUUAUGAUGGAUAAAAGCAGCUUUUGCUCAGACACAGUGAUUCAGUCCCAUGGUGUUCUUUGAGACUGUAGUUGUGUGACGUUAAACCCUCACUUUAUGUGUGAAGAUGAGCCCCACUAUAAAUCUCAGAUACAUUCUUUUACAUGCAGGCAUUCAGAUUUGUAAACUCUUCUCUAUUUUUUAGCUGAACUCAACUUGAGUUUAAUGAAGUUCAUUUGGCCCAAAUGACUUCCUAGUUUUCGGUACCACACAUCUUGAAGCAGCUUCUAUCUUGGGUGUUGCUGUCAAUAAAAAUAUUGUUACUCAGAUUCAGUCGAUUGCUUGAUUUUCUUUUCUGAAAAUAAAACUAAUGAAUACUUUUUUAAGGUACUUGCUCAAUUAAUUAAAUUAAGAGUGAGGUACAGCAAAAACAUUUGAGUUGAGCCAGAAUCAUGAACCAAAUAUGACUGAAUCAAUUCUUUACAUUGUUCAUUAAUCUAAGAAGAGUAGUAAAAAAUAUUGAGAUGUAAAUGGGAAAACUUGAAUAUACUGGGAACAUUUACUCAACAGGUUCAAGAGCAAAUGUCGUCUGACGUACAACUUCAAAAAACCAAAGAAGUUCCAGAUGUUGAUCAAAACAGGUUCUGAUUAGUUUGCAAAUUAUUUAAAUCCUAUGUUGAUUUUAAAAAAUAGUGCAAAGACAACAUGUCAUGAGUUGAGACUGAGAAUUGUCAUUAUUUUACGCAAAAUACAUCCUUAUUCUAAAUUUGAUGAUUUGACGUAACACAUUUUAAAAGCUGGGAAAAGGACAACAAAACACUGACAGGUUGAACUGUCAGCAACAUGACUGGGCACUUCCAAGUCCACCACACUGUGAGAGACCGCAUAAGUGAUCACUGUAUGUGCUUAAAACCACCUCUAUAAAACUUUGUCUGUGAGUUAAGCUGAAUCCAUAAAUCCAGGCGAAGAGGAAACCGUUAUAAACAUGAUCCAGAAACUCAGAGAACUCCUCUGAGCCCAGGCCCAUGUAAGAUAGACUGAGGCAAAGUUGAGAAGUUCUUUAGUUUUCAGUCUACUAAUUUGUCCUCCUUUGCAGCCGAGCAGAGACAGAUCCUGGCUGCAGACGAGCGAAAGAGAGAGUUUCAUGAGGAGAAGAGAAACGAGUUUGAGAACUACGCUGAAGAGGAGAAUGAUGGUAUGCAAACCCUGAAAUGUGUUCUCAUUUAUCUGUCCUGUUGGCUUCUUUUUAUUACUAAACUUCCCACAAUCCCCCAGAGCAAGACGAGAGGACCAGGGAGAGCACAGAGCAGUGGAGGGAGUUUCACUACGAUGGGAUGCAUCCUCCUCAGGAGUACAACCGACACUCCACCUGAGACCCAGGGGACAGGGGUGAUGCUGUGAGAUUGAAAAAAACAGAAAGAAAUACCAAGCUAAAGGAAAAUACAAUAAGGCUCUAAUCUCCUUGUUGCUGUUAGACUGUGACGGGGGGAAAUUUAUGCCGUACUUUGAACACUUGUGCUAAUCGUGGCUUAUGUUACUCAAUAUAAACUUCAGUAUAAAGAAGAUAUUUGAGGAUAUAUAUUAAUAAUAUAUAAUACUUACCAAUAACAUAAUAGCAUCAUUUUAAACAAGUGUUUCAUUUUAACCCUGUAUAAAGGAAAGUGGACCAACUGUUUAUACAUUUUACAAAUAUGUAAAACAUAGAAAGGGCCAUAAAACUGUGUUACUCAUCCACAUAUAAAUGCUCCGUUGGGCCCAUAAAGGAUUUUAGAGAUCUCUAAGGAACUAAACUAAUUCAAAACCAAAAUGACAAAUAAUGGAUUACUGGGGGUUUGUAAAACAUGUGUUGCAGAUAUAAAACAGAUGGAAGUACAGGAAA